AUGGAAGCGACAGCCACAUUCUCCGUUGGAGCACCCACCAUUGUGGCGAAUGUUCCGCCCGUUGCGCAAUUCCAAGAGAUUGUCGGGCAGAUUGGUGCUCGUUCUCAUGAGCCAGGCCACCAAUUGCGCUGGUCUGAGAAUACCGUUUACCCGCGAUUGGCGGAGACAUUGAGCUUCUUCUAUGUUCAUUUGUCGAUGAUUGGCUCAGUGCUGGAGCUUAACCAGUGGAAAGUGGCAAUGAAUGAAUUGAUCCAAACGCUGGAUCAUUACAUUGAAUUCACACUGAGUCCGGAAGGAGGAUUUGUGCACAUGAAUUGCGGUAAGAUGCUGCUCAUUGUCGACGCGACCCAAACGGAACUGACAGCCCUGUGCAAACAGAUGGCUAAGUGGAACCAUCGCAUCUCAGCCAUUGAGGUGCCAUUGGGCUGGCGAUACGCCACCAUCGACACCCUGACGGAUUGGUAUGUCUGCAUUGCUCUUCCGAGCUCUCUUGUUGAGUCAUUGGCUUCUAGCCAAACGACAUUGAUUCCUACCCCAUUGGGCCAACUGAAUGCACUGUACACAGUGGAAGGUGCAUUGCGCAAAAUGGCGCAUUGGUACAGACAACAGCGAUUCAGUGACGUGCAACAUGGAGAGAUUGUCAAGCUGCUCUGCUUUCGUCCACGCCGCACGAUGAUUACGUGCGAGCUGAAGCAAUUGAAUGGAUACGGCGGUUUCCGCCGAUACAAUAAUUGCUCGUUCAUUGGCAGCUCAUGGUGCUUGACGAUUGAUUCGGACUACGAGAAUGAUUCUGGUUGCCGCUAUUGCCUUCCAGGUGAUUGUCGUGAGACGGCCAUCAUUCUCGAACUCACGGGAUUGACGGUCGAGAAGACUUCUGGAUUGAUCCACAAUUCUGCCUAUGCGAACUGGAUGCCUACUGAAGGUGUUCACAGGCAUUGCUCUUAUCCGUUGUCUGCCAUGCAACUUGAGGGCGUUCCCCAAUUGAGCCUUUUGGACGAUGAUUGCUUGGAAAUGCCAGCAACUGACAUUGGACAGAGCAGUGAGGGCAUUGGCUCCCCAGGAGCUUCCGGAUCAUUGGCGGACACAGCGAGUACAGUAUUCUCGUGUCCGCUGCGGAGGCCAUUGCCAAGAAGCGAAAGGGAAGAGAUUGAUGACAACAGACCAAAGUCAUCAUUGCUCACCGUUCAUUUGAGCAAGACAUUCAUUGUCUACUUUUCUUUUCUGCGUUUGAGUACAUCUCAGCAUUGGCUCACGCUAUGGAUCGAUUUUGAUUUCUCCUCUGGCAUUGCGUUACCAGUUGGUAACAGUUUGUCUGGAUUGGACAACAGCUCUACUGGUUCUGGAUUGCUGAAAGAUUGCUGA